AUGGCAACGAAUCCGAACGAGAUGGAAAUGGAGAGAAAGUACCUGGCCGACAUUGAGCGCGCUAUGGCUCUGAGUUUGGAGUCGCACGAGCUGGAGAAGAUCCGGGCCAAGCAGCGACAGAUUGCGCCGGAGCUGGCCAAAGAUCCGAAGGUUGUUUCACAAACGCUCGAAGAGUACCGAGCGUAUCUGCAGCGUCGAGUGGCCUGUGGUACCGGUGGCGGGAUAUCCAGCUCUUUGACGCCACCGCUGACGGGAGAACCGCAGACGAGACGGCACAGUGAUAGUCGCAAUCCUGGGUUGUACAAUGAUCUGCAGCAACCCGCUUAUCAUCCGGGCAGCAACGGAACGGCACCGGUAACCAGUGGUCGUGACGAAGCGGACCUCAUAUCGUUCAGUGCUGUCCCGAAACCGCCCGAUCCGCGGGAAGAAGCACACAAUAAUCUCAAGGAAUUGGUCGAUCAAAUGCAUCGUCUGAACACACAGUCUGCCUCUGCCGGUGCCGGCGGUAUGUACGAUGCGGGACAGUUUAAAACUCAACGCAGUCUCAGUAUGUCCUCGGCGUCGUACGGGUUUCAUCCGGCAGUUUAUCUUCCGGCCCCGGCAACCGUUCAGCCUCAACCGGCGCUCCUUCAAGGCCCGUUUAAUGCAGCGACGGCCACUUCGAUGCAACUGGUGCCCUACAAUAGUCAGCAAGCGGCAAAACCAAAGCCUCUCACAGCGGAAGAGCUUCACCGGCUGUAUAACAGUCCUCCGACGUAUGCGGUGGCCACUGCCACCGUGCCGCCCGCUUACGCCACCUAUACACCUCUCCCAGCGCAGUCUCAGGUACUACCUCAAGGAUCGUUUGUGACACCGCCGGCGGUUGGCAGUGCGUUCCAGCCGCAACCUUCGGUGGCCGCACCACCGUUGGCACCUUACCACCAUCAGCCAACGGCCAACAUCAUCGUCACCAAUCCGGAAACGGCUCUCGUACACGUGCCGAAGCUGGGUGCAACAGGACGCUCGCUAUCGCAGCCUCCGGCCACCCUUGCCGUUGCCACUUCGUCCAAUCAGCGACAACCGUCGCCGGCACGCGAACCGGCCGUUGUGCUGCGACCGAAAAGUGAUCCACCGGCCCCGGUCGCUGCGGAUGGAAAUCUGAUCGAUCUCGGGUACGAGGAGAACUCACGCGUAUCCGUGCUGGAGGCGUUCGAUCCGCUGCUCUGCGGCAAUCGGUCGUCCAGUGGCAGCAGUGGCGGCGGGGACGACAAAGGCGAUGAUAACGCCUCGACGUACUACGAGGACUACGAUCCGUUCGAUUACAUCUACAGCGGCGGUACGCAGUACUCGGAUCCGGUGUACGAUGCCGUCGUCAAUCGGUCACUGUCGGACAAAACGGCCACACCGCUGUCGCCUUCCCAAUCUCUGUACGGUGCGAUCGGUGGCGUCCUUCCGCCUGGGACACCCGGUUCCGUUUCACUCUGUUCCUACGGGUGGACCGCUGCGGUGGAAGCGACCUCCAUGCCCUCCUUAGCCGAGGGCACUGGGGAACCACCACCGUUGCCCCCUCGCAAUUCGGGCGAAAGCUUCUAUCACUCGAUGCUGCGAGGUGUUCCGGCCGAGCAACCGCACUAUGAAAUCAUGCAGCGGAAACCCGCGGUGGGCACAACCGAACGGCGCAUGACACCGUACAAGCUGUACGAGAACGUGGUCGUGGCGAAAACCUACGACAAGGAACUGCUUGCCUUCUACAACUCGGUGAAACAGCUGAGAGGACAAUUCCGUCACGAUGAUCCGCACACGAACGUGGGCCACGUGGUGGCGGCUGAGUUUGAGAACCGCUACCCGGAAGGCACCAGCAUCAAGCUAUUGGUGCAUCCGGCCUUAGACUGCUUCGUGAAUACCGGCCCGCAGCAGCCAAAGGGUCAGAUCGAGGGGUACGGUGUGCCGAUCCCGUUUACCUGUGAUAUUACGACAACGGUGGAGCACGUGAUUGCCCAGGUGUACUGUGCACUCGAGGGCCAAGUCCGUCACACGGUCAGUGAUUACCUGCUGAAGGCGAUCGGCAUCCAGGAGAUACUCGGCGUGCGGUCGCGCCUCAAUCAGUUACAGUGCGUGCACGAUAGCAUUAAGCUCGAGCACGACGUUCAGCUUGGAUUUGUUCCGAAGACCGCCCGGACGAUGAAGGCGAUCGGCAGGACUGCCCAGGACGAUGCACAGGAUGCGGAGAUACGCCAUGAGCAUCUGCUACCGAAGGAGUCUUCGAACGCGAUCGGCUACGACGACCUGAUGAUCCUGCUCGAGACACUCGAGGCAGAGAUCGAGAAGCUACAGUCGUCAGCCGAUGAUGGCCCCUCAGGGCGCACCAUUCUAACCUGUUCCGGUGUGAUACAGGCAGUGAAGGCAAUCUGUAACCUUCUCGGGCCACUCGAUACACUCGAAAUUGCGAAAGCGAUCGACGAUCUGCGGUCGUGCUGUGAUCAUGGACAAACGGUGUACAGCUACGGUGAUGGCGGCCAGGCCGAGUAUAGCAACGGGAGCCUGGCGAUCGUCUCGGAAAGUGGUGAUUACGCGGAAGUGAAGCUGCGGCCGCGCACCGUCGCCGAGCAGGUGCGCUAUCGUUGCAACGAAGUUCGGAACGCGAUCCAGAGUUUGCUGGAAAUCUACGUGCAAGCGUUUCGUGUCAAUUUCUGUGUCAACGUGCCCGAGUACAGCGCCAAUCCGAUCUCGAUCUGCAACAUCUCGCAGUCGGUGAUGGUGAACGUGUCGUGUUUGCACCGUCCGCCCAUCCACUGGCGGCACGAUGAGUACAACCUGGGCGUGCAGAUCUAUCAUGGGGCGCGCUACAUCAGCGAACCGUACGUUGUGCAGUGCUCGAACGAACUGUCCGGGAUCUAUCCGCGGCUAACGUUCGCUUCGUGGAUCAUGUUCCGCAAUCCGGUCUGUACGCUGCCGCGCGAAGCCCGCCUCGUGCUCGUGCUUUACGGGUGCAUCCGCGAACCGGUGGACGGCAGUGGCAGUGGGGAAGGUGUGAGUGGAACCGAGGAUGGUGGAUCGCAGGUGCUGGGAAACGGUGAUGGUGGCCCGGGGGGGCGCGUGACAAAGGUUGAGCUCGGUUGGUGUUCGUUGCAGUUUUUCGACUUCGAACGGAAGAUGAUUCAAGGAUCGUACCUGCUGCCGAUGUGGCCCCCGACGACGGAUAAAUACUUUGGACCGGCCCCCUCGAAGGGCACGUACCCGAUCGGGGGCAGUUUCCCCAUCUUGGGGAUAGAGAUCCCUAGCUACGGUGGGGCGGUCGUGUUUCCGGAACCGAUCCGCAACCUACCGCCCGUGGUGCAGCUCGACUUUCACAGUCUCGAUCGCAAUCUGCAGCAGGAAUUGAUCGACACGGCCGAACAGGGUUACUCGCCCGAUAAGCUCGAGAAGCGGGAGGUCCUAUGGGAGAAGCGCCACUACCUACACGCGUUCCCGCACGCCCUUCCGAAGAUCCUGCACGCCGCGCACAGCUGGGACUAUGCGUGUUUAGCCGAUCUUCACGCGCUGCUAAAAUCCUGGACCACGCUCAGCCCGGUGCAGGCCCUAGAGCUGCUGCUUCCGCGCUAUCCGGAUCUCGAGGUGCGUCGCCAGGCCGUCGAGUGGAUCUCGACGAUGGCCAACGAUGAGUUUGGCGACUAUCUGCCGCAGCUCCUGCAAGCCCUGAAGCACGACACGUACGAAGGUUCCCCUCUGGCGAUGCUUCUUCUGAGCAAGUCGCUCGAAUCACCGCGCAUCGCUCACCACCUGUACUGGUUGCUGGUCCACAGCUUGCCGGGUGAGGCGCCCCAAAACAUGCUCGACACCGGGGCCGGAGCUAUUGCGGCGUGCGAUGAGGUGCUCAUGAAUCAGGCACGCUACCAUCGGCGCAAUCAGUUGAUGCUCCGAUCGCUGCUGGCCAUCUGUGGGGAGAAGCUAACGGCGCGGUUCCUCUCGCAGAACAUGAUGUGUCGCCGGUUGGGCGAGGUGGCGCAGAGUGUGAAGCUGGCGAAGGAAUCGCACCGCGUGAGCACCCUCAAGCAGGGUCUCGAGUCAGUCAACCAGAUGUUGAUCGAUAAUCCGACGGUGCUUCCGCUGGAACCGGGCGCCGAGGUGACGGGAGUGAUCGUGCGGAGCUGCAACUACUUCAACUCUAACACGCUCCCGCUGAAGAUCAACUUCUGCGGGCCCGACCGGGUGACGGUGCCGGCGAUCUUCAAAGCGGGCGACGAUCUGCAGCAGGACAGCCUCACGAUACAGAUGGUGCGCAUCAUGGACAAGAUGUGGCUCCGGGAGGGUCUCGAUCUGAAGAUGGUCACCUUCAACUGUGUGCCGACGGCGUACAAGCGGGGCAUGAUCGAGCUGGUGUCGGAUUCGGAAACGCUGCGCAAGAUCCAGGUCGAGUGGGGCGUGACGGGUUCGUUCAAGGACAAGUCGAUCGCCGAGUGGCUGGCGAAGCAGAACCCGAGCCAGCUCGAGUACCAGCGGGCGGUCGAGAACUUUACGCGCUCGUGCGCCGGCUACUCGGUCGCGACCUACAUACUCGGCAUUUGUGAUAGGCAUAACGAUAACAUUAUGCUCAAAACCUCCGGCCACCUGUUCCACAUCGACUUCGGGAAGUUCCUGGGCGAUGCGCAGAUGUUUGGUAAUUUUAAACGUGAUCGAACGCCUUUCGUGCUGACGUCCGACAUGGCGUAUGUGAUAAACGGUGGUGAUCGACCAUCGGCCAAGUUCCACCAGUUCGUCGAUCUGUGCUGUACGGCGUUCAACAUCGUGCGCCGCCACGGUGACCUGCUGCUGCACAUGUUCGCCCUCAUGACCACCUCCGGCAUCCCGGGGGUCACGGUCGAGGCGGUGAACUACGUGCGCAAUGCGCUGCUGCCGGGUCAAUCGAACCCGGAAGCGGCGGCCACAUUCGCGAAGAUGAUCCACAUCUCGCUCAAGUCGUGGUUCACACAGUUCAACUUCUUCCUGCACAACAUCGCCCAGAUGAAGUUCACGGCCGAAGCGGCCGACGACGGCGGCGAACUGCUGAGCUUCAUACCGAGGGUUUACACCAUGGCACAGGAUGGGCGGCUGAAGUCCGUCACGGUGCACGGGUUCCAGAAGCGCUACGACCAGGAAAAGUAUUACACCUACAUUCUGAAGGUGACGCGCCAGAAUCAGCCGGAUCCGGCGUAUCUGUUUCGCUCGUACAAGGAGUUUUGCGAGUUCCACCAGAAGCUAUGCCUGCACUUUCCGCUAGCCAAACUGCACAGCUUGCCGUCCGGCAUUCACGUGGGCCGCUCGAACGUCAAGGUCGUUGCCGAACGUCGUCUUCCAGAGAUACGCCAGUUUCUCAUCUCGCUCUUCAAUUCGGCAGAUGAAAUUGCACAUUCCGAUCUAGUUUAUACGUUCUUCCAUCCGCUGCUGCGCGACCAACAGGAGGCCGACAUACACGCGGCCAAGGUGAAAGGUAAUCCGGCCGCGAUCGAAGCCAGUCAGCCGCCGCAGCUCGGCGGCAAGAUAAAGAUUUCACUGCAGUACCACCGGGACACGCUGAUCGUGAUGAUACAUCACGCGCUGUCGCUGCCAACGACCCCGAGCGGCCAGCCCCCGAACACGUACGUCAAGGUUUAUCUCAAGCCGGACGGCACGAAGGCGACCAAACGCAAAACCAAAGUCGUCCGGAAGAACUGCAAUCCUAGCUUUAUGGAGACGUUGGAGUACCGAUUGCCGAUCGAGUUCAUCCAGAAGAAGGUGUUGCACGUAACGAUCUGGUCCCACGAUUCGCUCCAGGAGAAUGCAUUCCUCGGUGGGUUCGAGCUACCGCUGGCGGAGAUUGAUCUGCGCCGGGAAACGCUCCAGUGGCACCAGCUGGGUUACCUGACGCGAUCGUAGGCCCCCGUUCUACGAUCUACUACAGCUCGUGUGCGUACGUGUGUAUCUUUUCCUGUAAUUUUGUGAUGAUUUUGUAUGAGUGUUGCUUUGCCCAUUAAGUUUUCUAUUACCUAAUAUGUCACUGUUAGUUUGUCACAAUAUACUCAAAAGCGAGCGAGUCCGAGGAACAGUAGUAUCGGCAGGCAUUUGCAGCAGCUGGCGGCACCUGGGUUCCGUGCCGAAGUGCAUGUAUUAAGAGUCAGCAAGGUUGUACGGGGAAAACGGAACGAAAGUAAGAUCAGAUGAGCUAUUUUAUGCAUUUUUAGCAACACGCGUUUAGUAACGUUACACAGGCUUCAACUUCGUUUCGUGAGCUUCUCGCAGCUUGGAACGCCAACAGAUGGAACCGUUUAGAGUUCACCCCAUUAGAGAAUCCAACGGCAGUCGGAGUGUAAUGUGUAUGUGAUUAAAGUGCUUUCGUACUGCCGUGUUCUG